AUGACGCCCAAAUGAAACGCCCCAUAGGAUGGCGGACGGCGUGAGGCUCGAACCUCCUCUAUCCCAGAAGCCACCGCGAAGCUACACUGUAGCUCUCGGCGUUUCCGUGUGGGGCUGGUCUGCUAUUCCCUGAGCAGGUCCGACGGGAGGCCGGAGCAACCGCUCCGGUUGCAGUUGAGGCAGGAGCGGGAGCAGACCAGGGCACGGAGGCUGGACAGAGCUGAGGACCCGCUGUUUUUUGUCUCCUGGUCUGAGGGACCCAAGCUGGGGACCCUAGAAACCAAUCUAGGGGUAUGAUGGAUUUGGCCUAUGUCUGUGAGUGGGAGAAAAGGCCCAAAAGCAAUCAUUGCCCCUCCAUUCCACUGGUCUGUGCCUGGUCCUGCCGAAACCUUAUAGCCUUUACCACAGACCUGAAAAAUGAAGAGGAGAAAGAUUUGACCCACAUGAUUCAUAUUUUGGAUACGGAGCACCCCUGGGAUGUGUACUCUAUUAAUUCUGAACACAACGAAAUGAUCACUUGCCUGGAGUGGGAUCAGUCUGGCUCCAGGCUCCUGUCGGCCGAUGCUGACGGGCAUGUGAAGUGCUGGAGCAUGACCGACCACCUGGCCAACAGCUGGGAGAACACCGUGGGCAGCAUGGUGGAAGGCGACCCCAUUGUAUCUCUGUCCUGGUUACAUAACGGAGUGAAGCUUGCCCUGCACGUGGAGAAGUCUGGUGCCUCCAGUUUUGGCGACAAGUUUUCUCGAGUCAAGUUCUCCCCAUCCCUGACGCUUUUUGGCGGGAAGCCCAUGGAGGGUUGGAUUGCGGUGACCAUCAGCGGGCUGGUGAUUGUCUCCCUGCUUAAGCCCAACGGGCAGGUACUGACUUCCACGGAGAGCCUGUGCCGCCUCCGCUGCCGCGUGGCCCUGGCGGACAUCGCCUUCACGGGCGGCGGGAACAUCGUGGUCGCCACGUCCGACGGCAGCAGCACCUCCCCGGUGCAGUUCUACAAGGUGUGCGUCAGCGUGGUGAACGAGAAGUGCAGGAUCGACACGGAGAUCCUCCCGUCGCUCUUCAUGCGCUGCACCACAGACCCGGCGCGGAAGGACAAGUACCCCGCCAUCACCCACCUGAAAUUCCUGGCCAGAGACAUGUCGGAGCAGGUGCUGCUGUGUGCCUCCAACCAGAUGAACAGCAUCGUGGAGUGCUGGUCCCUGCGCAAGGAAGGCCUGCCCGUGAACAACAUCUUCCAGCAGAUCUCCCCUGUGGUCGGAGACAAACAACCGAUGAUCCUGAAGUGGCGGAUUCUUUCAGCAACCAAUGAUCUGGACCGUGUGUCUGCCGUGGCCCUGCCCAAGCUGCCCAUCUCGCUCACCAACACGGACCUGAAAGUGGCCAACGACACCAAAUUCUGCCCUGGCUUAGGCCUGGCCCUGGCCUUUCACGAUGGCAGCGUCCACAUCGUCCACCGCCUCUCCCUGCAGACGAUGGCCAUGUUCUAUGGCUCCUCCACCCAGCGCCCGGUGGAUGAGCCGUCCAUCAAGAGGCAGCGGACCGCCGGCCCCUCCAUCCACUUCAAAGCUAUGCAGCUCUCCUGGACCUCGCUGGCUCUUGUAGGCAUCGAUAACCACGGAAAGCUGAGCAUGCUCCGCAUCUCACCCUCCAUGGGCCAUGCCCUGGACAUGAACAUGUCCCUGCGCCAUCUGCUCUUCUUGCUGGAAUAUUGCAUGGUGACAGGCUAUGACUGGUGGGAUAUCCUGCUGCACGUGCAGCCCAACAUGGUGCAGAACCUGGUGGAAAAGCUCCAUGAAGAGUACAUGCGUCAGAAUGCAGCGCUGCAGCAGGUGCUGUCCACUCGGAUUGUGGCCAUGAAGGCUUCCCUCUGUAAGCUCUCCUCCUGCACCGUGGCCCGGGUCUGCGAUUACCACGCCAAGCUCUUCCUGAUCGCCAUCAGCUCCACCCUGAAGUCUCUGCUCCGGCCCCACUUCCUGAACACUCCAGACAAGAGUCCUGGGGACCGGCUGACUGAAAUCUGCAGCAAGAUCACUGACGUCGAUAUCGACAAGGUGAUGAUCAACCUGAAGACUGAAGAGUUUGUGUUGGAGAUGACCACCCUGCAGUCCUUGCAGCAGCUCAUCCAGUGGGUGGGAGACUUCGUGCUCUACCUCUUGGCCAGCCUGCCCAACCAGGGCUCUCCCGUCCGCCCAGGCCACAGCUUUCUACGCGAUGGCGCUUCCCUGGGCAUGCUGCGAGAAUUGAUGGUCGUUAUUCGAAUCUGGGGCCUCCUGAAACCAAGCUGCCUGCCCAUCUACACUGCGACCUCUGACACCCAGGACAGCAUGUCUCUCCUUUUCCGGCUCCUGACCAAGCUCUGGCUCUGCUGUCGGGAUGAGAACCACCCCUCGGAGCCCGAUGAGACCCUCAUUGACGAGUGUUGUCUCCUCCCGAGUCAGCUGCUCAUCCCCAGCCUGGACUGGCUGCCCAUCAGCGACGGCAUCAUCAGCAAACUCCAGAGCAAGCAGCUGGUGCGACUGCAGUUUGGGAAGGCCCCCGGGCUGCUCGGCUAUGCCGGCGCGCCGCCCUUCGAGGUCCUCGCCAGAGCCCCUGGGCAGCCGAAGAUUGACCACCUCCGGAGACUGCACUUGGGGGCGUACCCCACCGAGGAAUGCAAAUCCUGCACCAGGUGCGGCUGCGUCACCGUGCUCAGGUCCCCCCACAAGGCGACGGCGGUGAAGCAGUGGGAGCAGCGCUGGACCAAGAACUGUCUGUGUGGGGGCCUGUGGCGCAGGAUGCCCGCCAGCUACUCGUGACCUGCCCACCCCGAGGGCACCGCGUGGGCAGGGCCUUGGGGCCAGCCUGAAGUCUUGUACAUAGGUUUGUGAGGGACUCGGUGCCAAAAACCAAGAACCCCCGGAUCUUUCUCCUCGGAGUCCCCAUUGUCUGUCUUCAGUAGAGAACUCCUUCCUCUCCCCUCCCCCAGUAGGAGAGAGUAACUGCUGUGAGGGGACGCAGGAGCGCGUCCACGAGCCAGGCCCCCUGUCCGGCUGGGACCAGGCUCGGGCUGGGUGACUGGCCAAGUGACUCCCUGUGGGGCCCGAGUCCUUGGCUGAUGGUGGAUGAGGGCCCAGGUUGGGCGCUGAGGUCACAGAGCAUGGGCACGUGUGGAGGGACAGAGGGGACUCCACUGGGAUCUGGACCUGGAAGGGGCCUCGGCAGCCAUUCCCCCCAUCUCGUUUUACAAAUGAGGACGUUGAGACCCCGGAGGAAUAGACGUCAGAGAUGGCGCAUAACCCGGGGCAGCCCCAGGCGUGCUUUCCCCCACAUUGACCAGGGUGACUGGGACGCUCCCCUGGUCCUCGUUCCCCCAUAGCCCCGAGCCUGAGGGCCACGGUGUUCUCUGCCUUCUCAAAGGAGGGCAGUGCUCACUGAAGGCAUGGGACGGAGAGCCCCGCAGCCCACGGGCUUCUGCAGCCUUUCUUGUAUUUGCGCCGGCCCCACAGGCGGCCCGGCCGUCGGGAAGGCGCCUCCUCCCUCAGUGCCCAGGCAGGGGAGCGCCCUCACGGUGAAGGCGGUGGUCUUCCCACCAGCACCAUUCGGGGAUGUUCAAGAGGAAGUCAUUAGGCUCCUGCCGUGUGCCAGGUGUGGGGCUCAGAGUGCUGACGGGGGGUCGGCCCCCCAUUGUCCCCGUCCGAGGCUCUCCCAUUGGCGUUCUUAACCUUACGGGGUCCUAGGUCUCCUCGGCAGUCAGUCUGAGGGCACCAGCUGCAGAAUAUGUACAUAGAUCUCUAUAUAUGCACAUGCAUGCAACACAUGUACAAAUAGAACUUUUUUUUAAACCUCCCGGCUUUAACCCUCCUGGGUUAAGAAGCCCAGCUUUAAUGUUUCCUUCUUGCUUUCGCCCUCUUCCCAGAAACAAGGCAGUCCUUCCUGUGGCAGAACCUAAGGAGGCCCAGUUCCCCCCUCCCCCAAAUAUCUGCUUUCCGGGGAGAGCCCCUGAUCCCCAGACUCAGGCCAUCACCCUCCACAAGAGUCCACGAGAGCAGUUGCUGUGUCCUGCUGGAGACGGAGCCUUCUUGGCUGUGGAGGGAAGAUGGCUCCCCUCUCCUGGGGGCCAGCCGCCUCUCCCUGGCCCUUGGACGGGCUUGCUCCCCAUUUGCUCCUCUCCUGACUGGCUCUUCAGGGAGUUGAGAGGUGGCAGAGAAGGGGCAGGGAGCUGUGGGGAGCAUUUCUGUGUAAACACCAAAGCCUCCCGUUAAUAUGAGAGCUCUCCAAGGUCAACCCCUUCUACCACCUGCUGGAGAAAACAAUUUUCUUUUUUUUUUUUUUUUUAAUUAUAACUUUUUACUGACAGAGCCCAUGCCAGGGUAAUUUUUUACAGCAUUAUUCCUUGCAUUCACUUCUGUUCCGAUUUUUCCACUCCCUCCCCCAGAUGGCAAGCAGUCCUUUACAUGUUGAAUAGGUUACAGUAUAUCCUAGAUACAAUAUAUUUGUGCAGAACCGAACAGUUCUCUUGUUGCACAGGAAGAAUAGGAUUCAGAAGGUAUAAAUAACCCGGGAAGAAAAACAAAAAUGCAAGCAGUUUACAUUCAUUUCCCAUUGUUCUUUCUUUGGGUGUAGCUGCUUCUGUCCAUCAUUGAUGGACUUGAGUUAGAUCUUCUCUUUGUCAAAGAAAUCCACUUCCAUCAGAAUACAUCCUCAUAUAGUAUUGUUGUCGAAGUGUAUAAUCUCCUAGUUCUGCUCAUUUCACUCAGCAUCAGUUCAUGUAAGUCUCGCCAGUCCUCUCUGUAUUUAUCCCGCUGGUCAUUCCUUACAGAACAAUAAUAUUCCAUAACAUUCAUAUAUCACAGUUUAUUCAGCCAUUCUGGGCAUCCACUCAGUUUCAGUUUUUAGCCACUACAAACAGGGCUGCCACAAACAUUUUGGCACAUACAGGUCCCUUUCCUUUCUUUAGUAUCUCUUUGGGGUAUAAGCCCAGUAGAAACACUGCUGGAUCAAAGGAUAUGCACAAUUUGAUCAUUUUUUGAGCAUAGUUCCAAACUGCUCUCCAGAAUGGCUGGAUGUGUUCACAAUUCCACCAACAAUGUAUCACUGUCCCAGUUUUCCCACAUCCCCUCCAACAUUCAUCAUUAUUUUUUCCUGUUAUCUUAGUCAAUCUGACAGGUGUGUAGUGGUAUCUCAGAGUUGUCUUAAUUUGCAGAUCACUGGCAGCUUCCUUUGAACUUGUUGGGUGGGGAUGAGACAGUAGAAAGCUGUCUCUCCAGAGAUAGGCUGGGGGACUCGGAAACACGUCUCACGGGUUUGUGUGGAUUGAUGAAUCUCACUGAAUAAUAGCCUGGCCCUAAACACCGUGUGCUCUGCACACGGAGCCCUCUGCCAGGUGCGUACAGAGACUUGGGUACUCUAAGAGGCCUUAGCCUCGAAUGUCAGACGGGUAUGUUGACUGUGAGAGCUGAAGGUCAGAAUCUCCCUGUCAGAAGUAGAAAGGAUAGACCAAAAGGCUGUUGUGUCCAACCCAUCCCACCUGGCCAGUGGCCAUCCAGUCUCUGAUGGGCCAAUGGGGUGUCCUUUGCCCCCAGAAGAAGGUUCAAACAUGUUACUAGUAUGUGCCAAAAUGGGAUCCUCAGGGAGCUUCCUUGUACAUAAUUACACAACUAAAUACAGAGAAUAAAGAAGGGGCAGCUUGGACCUGUUGGCUGUGUGAUGUGGGCUCCUUGAUCCAAGGCAUUGGUGCGAAUGCUUCCCUAUAAACCAUCCCAGUCGCCAUUGAACCCCUAAGGACUGUCCUCCGGUCCAGCCCUUCCAGCCAAUACCAGGCCUGCCCAGUCAUGCUCUCCCAGCAAACCUCUUCACGCUCACGUUGUGCUAAAAUCCAGGUAAGCCCCGGCAUCCUUCUGGUUUCUUGGUGUGAUGACCUGAUGUGAAGAGAGCGUCUGAUUGUGAGGGAGCUGUGCUGGUGGGUGGUGGUCACUCCGCAGCCGUGUGGUCAGGAGGGAGACCUGCACAUGCUCCGUGUGAACAGCAGGAGUUUCUCUGCCCCGCUUGGGAGAGCUGCUCCCUCGGCCAAUUUGGUAGAACCCAUUCUGGUGCAAAGAGACGUGAAUAAGGUGGUCUGUGGGCCGAAGAAUGCAGCUGGACUAUAGAGGGAAGCCCUCUGUCAGGCUGGGGACAUCGUGCCCCUCUCAGGAUGUCUUUAAACCCGUGGAACAAAAUAUGGUCUUACAAAGGGAGCCAACUAAACCCCAUAUAUGCAGGGUAGAGUACAAUUCUUGGAAGGGCCCUUAAGCUAUACGUAGGAAAUUAUAAUGCAAGAUGACAGAUCAUGUUAAUUGUACAGGAGAGAGUUCUAAGUGCCAGAGAGCCAUCACUUAACGGCUGGGGAAACCAGGGAGGACUUCUCCAAGGAAGCAGAAUUUGAGCAGAAUCUUUAAGGAAUGGUAAAAUUAUCAGGGAAGGAAGGAGAGACUCAGAGGGAUGGAAACUCAGAGGCUGCCCAGUCCAAUACCCAUAAAGGCAAGAGCCGCCUUUACAACCUCCCAGCACAUGGCCGUGUCAUCUUUGUUUGAAGCUUUCUAGUGAUGGGGAAAUGCAUCUUUUUAUGUGGCAGCAAUCCAUUCCACUUUGGGAGAGUUUGAGUAUCAACCUAAAUUUGCCUCGUGGUCCCACAGCAAAAGGAUCCUUCUCCCACGGGGCACUUUGACUACUUGAGUCCAGCUGUGCUUAACUCCCACUUCCAUCCCAUGUUUCUUCAAUUGAGCAUGGGGCUAAUGUCAAGCUCCUUCACCAUCUUGGUUGCCUACUUCUGCUGUAUAACUUAACAAUUUUUUUUAUUAUAGCUUUUUAUUUACAAGAUAUAUAUAUGCAUGGGUAAUUUUUCAGCAUUGACCCUUGCAAAACCUUCUGUUCCAAUUUUUCCCCCCACCACUCCCCCAGAUGGCAGAGAGACCAAUACAUGUUAAAUUUUGAACUUAACAAUUUUUAAAGAAAAGCUUUAAAGUUAUUCUUUUUAUGUGAACUUGACAAACAACUAGUAUGGACAUUUUUUUCUGUAUAAAAUAUAACAAGGUAGCUGCAAAUAGAACUGUGAAUCUCCACUAUAAUUAAUUUGUAAAAUAUAUUUAAAAUGUUAUAUGGAAGUUUCAGCAUAGCUGUUUGUGUCUCUUCUGAAACAUCCUUCUGCUCUCUUCUGUUUAUUUUUAAAUUUUCCAUUGCUGCACUUUGACCUUUUUAUAAAUAUCACUUUCCUCCUCCUCUUUAAUUCUCUCCAAUCCCCCCAAAAGCUCUGGUGUAAAACAAGUGCACUUAGUGUCCAAAAAUGCACUCUGCACCCUAGGGAAUCACCUUUUUGCCCACAGUGGGAGACAAGCUUCCUCAUCAGUCUUACAGAGUCCUUCCUGAUGGAUCAUUUCAUUGGUCAUAGAUCAAUUGGCUCUGUGUUGCCCUAACACUCACCAGUUGCCCUUUGGGUGACUCAUAACCAAUUCUUUGGACGUUCUGUAUUUCGUGAGUCAGCCAUACGCUGUCAUCAGAAAAAUGUUGAUUUUAAAAAGAUGAGUCUUUCACGGAAGCUUGGGGUUAUUAAAAAGCACUGGGAAAUUUCCAGGCAGUAUAACCCCUUUACUGUUCAGUUUUGGGCCUAGUUUCUUGUACAUUCAGAUGCUCAAAAGUACCUGAAAGAGGGAGAGAGAAUAAACACUCAGAAAAAAUCAUGAACCUUAUCUUUCCUUAAAAAGAAAGGGCAGCUAAAAAUAUCAGGUUUGCAUCAUUAACUGCAGACUUAUAUUUACUUUUUCUUCUCUACACAAUAUUAAUGAGAGUAAUCUCCUCACAUGUUGAGAGCGUCCAUGAGGAAGAUGUAAUCUGGGUUUCAAGCCUGGAGUAUCUUUCAUUGCUUGGUUUGAUGCUGGCUUGAUUGAAAGCAUGAGAAAAAUACAUGACUUUGUGAAGGCUCUGGGAAUAAACUUUUGGAAACAAAACAAAAAAGACUGGGAAAUCAGACACAGAAGAAUCAGUGCCUCAAUUUGUUUCUGAUUUCCAACCUGCCUCCUUAGAAACUUUGAAAAAUUCCUCCUGUGCAGUGGGGGUUGGGGGUAAAAUUUGAGUCCUUUCUCUUGGUUGAGUUGAGAAAUCUCUUUUAAUAAGUACAUAUAUUCACUUUAUUUUCUGAGAUAGUUUUUUCUGUGCCCCUAAUUUCUGUUUGGUAGCUACUUGGAGAAAUAAUUAUUUACUAUUUGUGACGGUCUUUUGUGUAACUUGUAUUUGGAGCAAAAGGGACAAACUAGUGGAUAUAAACUUGGAGUUUGCAGUCCCUUUUUGAGAGACAUACAGGAAAGCUGCUUGAACAACAACAAAACAAGUCCCUAGACUAGAAAUCUUAGAAGAGAAUAGACUUUCCAGUUUGGAAAUGUCUUGUUUUCUGGCUUCUUAGCACAUAAGACUUGAAGUUUCUCUUGAGGGAGGUGGGCAAAAUUCCAAGAUAUUUAUCUGUGUUUUCUCUGUGAACCAUAUAUAGACAAUUCAUGCUGACAUGUACAUCUCACAUGGGACAUACCUUACAGAAGUAUACAAAGGCAAUAGACUUUAACAAACCAUAUUAAACCCAAACAUCUUUACAAUCACAGAAUUAACUGAAAGGCAUAGAGAAUAUGUAGUUCUACUACAAUUAUUAUUUGUUGGCUUUAAAAAGCAUUUGAUUUGACAGAGCAAAAUAUUUUCUUGAAAAGUUUCAUCUAAUAAAGCAUACUCAAACCAAGCCUGCCUCCCUCAGCACUGAAAAGGAAAGGCUUCCAGAGCCCGGCCACUUGCUUUUGUAAAAUGCUUAAAACAUCAGUUCUUUCAGCUGAGCAGUCAUCAGCAUCUGUGGGAAGAGUGGGCUCCUACUAUGAGUGGCUAGAGGUAACUCGCCACCCCUGGGAUACAGCACAACCACUUCAGGCAAGAGAUCAGUUAGAGGCAGGCAGAAAUGGUUUGGAUGGACAUUCUGUAUUUCAUGAGUCAGCCAUAUACUGUCAUCAGAAAAAUGUUGAUUUUAAAAAGAUGAGUCUUUUUAAAUGGGUAGAUGGGUUUUUAUGACCUACCAGGUCUGUGCUUUACCAGUUACAGGUAAAUUCUUUUCAGCUGCCAUUGUUGGCUAAAUUUUCCUGGAAUUACAACACUUGAGGAGUGGUGAGUGCGAAAGAGGUGGUGUUUUUUGUCCCGUAUUCCUGAAAUGACACUCAUCACUGCCUUCUUCCUAUAGCUUCCUAUAGGUAUAUACCUAUGAUGUGGUGGUUCAGGGUUUGGGGAGAAUGUUUCCGACAUAAGGCUAAGUUUAAAGGCAGAGAGGUUGGGAAAGCUUUGAAGAGUGGUCAGUAGUCAAGUUUGCCUCGAGCCAUUGUCCAGGAGGUGUGUGUCCAGAGAGAAGGCUAGAAGGAUAGGUUGGAGACAGACAGUGCUGAGCCUCUUGUCAGACAAGGUUGGCUCUGUACCUGUGAUGGGCAGUAGGGAGCCAUUGAAAGCUCUUCAUCGGGGGAAGGACACGAUCACAGCAGGACUUUAGAAAUGUAAAUUGCCAUGAGGUACAUUCUCCAGAGACUUCUAUUAUGGACUUAAUCCAUCUGCUGUACUUGAUUAGCCCAUUCGUUAACUGGAUUAAUUUGUUAUGCAAAUGGCAAGGAAGAGCCUCUUUAGAUCCUCUGUGAAAAAUACAUUUCUGUUACUUUCUCAAUGGAUAAUUUUCAUAAUUUUAAUUGGAGGGAGAGAAAAUCAUUUCCAGGCCUUCUUAGCAAAUUUGCAAAAUUUGCAAAAAUUCUUAGCAAAAAAAAAAAAAAUUGACUGUUGCUUAGUCAGUUAGAAUUUACAGUGAAAACCCAAUGGACUGAAAGAUAGGGUUCAAAUUUUUGCCCCAGUGCAGGGGGUGAAUGGCCAGUAGGUUUACAGGGAAGACUACCUAUAUGUAACUGGUCAGAGGGAAAGAGACUGCAAGCUAUGGCCCUGUCCCCCAUUAAUUUGGGCUCCAAAUUAGUGGCAGACAGAAGGCCUGACCAGCACCUAACUGGUAAGAGACCGGUGUUCUAGGCCUGGCCCAGAUGCAGGGCCUUUCUCUAAUCCCUCUAAGUUCUGACGUUCUAUGUUGCAUCCCAAGAUCCUGCCAGCUCUUGUAGAGGGCCGUGUCUGGAAAUCCUUGAGCUCAGCUCAGAUACAAGGAAGAUGCAAGGUCUUCUUCUCACAGACAUAAGUCCUUGGACUCUAUCCCAGAUGUGUAGCAAAUAAUAACUAAAGUUCAGAAAAACAGGUGCAUACAUUGUGACGGUUAGUAUUGGGAGGGUGGGGGGAGGAAGGGGAAUAAAAAAUAAGUCAAAAUAAUAUGAAACAUUAACAAGGAAAAUAUCCUAUCUUCAUUAUUACUGCUUUUCCCAUGAGAAAGAACAAAUUUUCUCUGUGAUUUAAGGACCUUGCCUGCUUGAAUAAACUAGUCAAGUGCAACUUGACUCACUUAGCCUGA